GAGGCGGAACUAACAAUACGUUCUGAACACGUUGAGGAAAUACAAUUUAGCUAGCUAGCAAGAACUAGCUAACAAUACAUUUCAGGGAGUUUAUAUAUUAUAACCUUUGAUCGGAAAACUAAAAUGCCAUCGCAAAAUGGGAAACCGGAUGUCAUGUUUGAAGAAGAUGACCUGCCUUACGAGGAAGAAAUCAUCAGAAACCCUUAUUCGGUCAAGUGCUGGAUGCGUUACAUUGAGUUCAAACAGAAUGGUGGCAAAUCCAUUCUGAAUAUGAUCUACGAACGAGCAUUGAAAGAACUACCUGGAAGUUACAAGCUAUGGUACAACUACCUGAGGGAAAGACGAAAACAGGUAAAGGGGAAGUGCAUCACAGAGCCAACUUAUGAGGAGGUCAACAACUGCCAUGAGAGAGCAUUGGUGUUUAUGCAUAAGAUGCCUAGAAUAUGGCUGGACUACUGCCAGUUCCUGGUGUCCCAGUCUAAGAUCACAAGGUGUAGGAGGUCCUUUGACCGUGCGCUCAGAGCCCUUCCAGUCACACAGCAUCCUCGCAUAUGGCCUCUGUACCUUCGCUUUGCACGCAACCUGCCCCUGCCAGAGACAGCCAUUCGGGUUUAUCGCAGAUACCUUAAGCUGUCUCCAGAGAACGCAGAGGAGUACAUAGAUUAUCUCCGCUCUGUUGGCCGUCUGGACGAAGCAGCCGUGCGUCUGGCGUCGGUUGUCAACGAUGAAAGCUUUGUGUCCAAGGAGGGAAAGUCAAACUACCAGCUUUGGCACGAGAUGUGCGACCUGAUCUCCCAGAACCCUGACAAGGUGAAAUCUCUGAAUGUCGGCGCCAUCAUCCGAGGAGGCCUCACGCGUUUCACGGACCAGCUGGGCAAACUGUGGUGCUCCCUCGCCGACUACUACAUCCGCAGCGGGCACUUUGAGAAGGCUCGUGACGUCUACGAGGAAGCCAUCCUGACGGUGGUAACAGUGAGGGACUUCACCCAGGUGUUUGACAGCUAUGCCCAGUUUGAGGAAAGCAUGAUCGCUGCCAAGAUGGAAACAACCUCAGAGAUGGGCAAAGACGAAGAUGAUGACAUCGACCUGGAGCUUCGGCUUGCUCGCUUUGAGCAGCUGAUCGCACGGCGGCCCCUCCUGCUGAACAGCGUACUGCUGCGUCAGAACCCACACAACGUCCACGAGUGGCAUAAAAGGGUCAAGCUGUACGAUGGAAAACCGCGACAGAUCAUCAACACCUACACAGAGGCAGUGCAGACUGUGGAUCCUAUGAAGGCCACAGGGAAACCUUCCUCCCUCUGGGUCUCCUUCGCAAAGUUCUACGAAGAGAACGAGCAGCUUGAUGAUGCACGGACCAUCUUUGAGAAGUCCACCAAGGUCAACUACAAGCAGGUGGAUGACCUUGCAGGGGUUUGGUGUGAAUAUGGAGAGAUGGAGCUCCGCCAUGAGAACUAUGAUCAGGCACUUCGUAUUCUGAGGAAAGCUACCGCCAUCCCAUCCAAGAAAGCAGAGUUCUUCGAUACAUCCGAGCCAGUCCAGAAUCGAGUGUACAAGUCCCUGAAGGUCUGGUCCAUGUUGGCAGACCUGGAGGAGAGUCUCGGGACAUUCCAGUCUACUAAGGCAGUGUAUGAUCGCAUCAUAGACCUGCGCAUUGCCACGCCUCAGAUCAUAAUUAACUACGCCAUGUUCCUUGAAGAGCACAGCUAUUUUGAGGAAAGCUUUAAGGCAUAUGAGCGUGGCAUCGCUCUCUUUAGAUGGCCCAAUGUGUAUGACAUCUGGAACACCUAUCUCACCAAGUUCAUAGACCGGUAUGGGGGCAAGAAGCUGGAGAGAGCCAGAGACCUGUUUGAGCAGGCUCUGGACGGCUGCCCAGCAAAGUUUGCCAAGACCAUCUACUUACUGUAUGCCAAACUGGAAGAGGAGUUUGGUCUCGCUCGCCAUGCCAUGGCAGUCUAUGAGAGAGCCACAGAGGCCGUGGAGAAUGACGAAAGACACCAAAUGUUCAACAUCUACAUCAAGAGAGCUGCAGAAAUCUACGGAGUCACCUACACCAGAGCUAUUUACCAGAAAGCUAUAGAGGUCCUUCCAGAUCAACACUCCAGGGAUAUGUGCUUGCGCUUUGCUGACAUGGAGAGCAAACUGGGCGAGAUCGACCGCGCCAGAGCCAUCUAUUCCUUCUGCUCCCAGAUCUGUGAUCCCAGGCUGACGGCCCACUUCUGGCAGACGUGGAAGGAGUUUGAGAUCCGCCACGGGAACGAGGACACCAUCAGGGAGAUGCUGAGAAUCAAGCGCAGUGUUCAGGCCACGUACAACACUCAGGUCAACUUCAUGACCUCGCAGAUGAUGAAGGCCACCACCCUUGGUGCCGUCUCUGAUCUUGCCCCAGGGCAGGGAAGUCUUGACGACAUGAAGAUGCUGGAGCAGAGGGCACAGCAGCUGGCAGCCGAGGCCGAGCAGGACAAACUCAAACCCAAGGAGAAGAUUCUCUUCGUCAGGAGUGACACAUCUCGCAGUGAGCUGGCUGAACUGGCAAAGCAAGCCAACCCUGAUGAGAUUGACAUCGAUGAAGAUGAGGAGGAUGAAGACGAGGAAGAUCAGGGUCCAGAGGAAGUGCAGCUGGAACAAAAGAGUGUCCCCACAGCUGUGUUCGGAGGGCUUAAAGAAGACUGAAUGUAGGAUACCAGCCGGUAGUGACAUCAGCCAAACACUGUAGAUAGAAGCUCGAAGGAGCUCCCUAAAAUUUGGGGAACGGAAUCCAUAUAAUGACUUCAUCGUUGAUUCUUUGUAUGUGGGCUCGUCUUUUUCUUCCAUUGUUUUGGAAGUCUGCAUUGUUAUGUCUGUACCUAAUCAGUGAAUAAAAAUGACUAUUUACAUCAUUAGG